AUGAUCUCACUCGCUGUUCGCUCCAUUCGUGGAGCCGUCGCCCGUCUCUCCUCAACCUCAUACCCCUACUCCCCGCUGUCGGAUGCAAACUCUCAUUCCGAGCCCGCGUCGCCUGGGGGAUCGAACCCCGUUCCGCAUCCACAGUCCUUCCUCGCGAGACUGACGGCCAUCCUCUUCUUCCUGCUACCUUCUUUCGUCCAGCGCCGACUUCGGCCCAACGACUUCAAGCACCGACGCCUAUACCCAACAUCCUGGCUGGACGGCCUGCGUGGUGUUGCCUCCUUGAUCGUCUUCUUCUGCCACUUCACAGAAAAGCAUGUUGGUUGGUAUACCGCUCGAGCAUAUGGCAUCGACGAUGAAAACGACCAUGUUGCUCCAUCACCCCUGCAACUCCCUUUCCUGCGCGUUAUCUACAGCGGCCGUCCCAUGGUUCACAUCUUCUUCGUCAUCUCGGGAUUCGUUCUUUCCCUCAAGUCGCUGAAGCAGGCAAGGAAGCAAGACUACGAUGGACUGCAUCGUACCCUCUCAAGCAGCAUUUUCCGCCGUGGCUUUCGCUUGUUCCUCCCCACUACCGCCUCGACCUUCAUGAUUAUGCUUAUGAUCCGCCUUGGAUGGACCGGAUCGCCGCUGCCGACACUGUGGGAGCAGCUGGUGGAUUGGAAGAAUGCAGUGUGGAGGAUCACCUUCAGCUGGCAGUGGGACAUUACCCAGAUCCUUCCCUACGACAUGCACCUCUGGACCAUCCCCAUCGAAUUUUCUCACUCGCUGCUGCUGUUCGUUGUUCUGACCGGCGUAAGCCGCAUGAAGACGUACUUGCGCCUCGCAUCUGUUUUCGCCAUCAUGAUUUACUGCCUGAAGUGCGGCCACUGGGCCGGCUUCGAGUUCUUGGGCGGCAUGGGUCUCGCCGAGAUCGGCCUCAUCCAAGAAGCUCGCCGCGAGCGCGCCAUGGCUGCCACCCACAACAAGGAAGCAUCGGACAUGGAGGCUUCAGUCGCUUCAGACUCGUCGUCGAGCACCAUGGCGACACGCAUCUUCAAGGCGUUCCUCGUCGGCAACCUGAUCUUCGCCCUCUUUGUCGCCGGGUGGCCGAACCAAAAGGCCGACAUCACCCCAGGAAUGUCACCACUCUGGCACAACACCAUGGAACCGUUCUUCACCAUGGGUGGCGACCUUGUCUCGUUCCCCUGGUACGCCCUUGGCGCUAUGCAGAUUGUUGCCACGUUGCAGCAAAUCAAGAUGUUGCAGAACAUAUUCGUAACGCCCCUGGCGCAAUACCUCGCCGACAUCAGCUACGCCCUCUACCUCGUACACGGACCCGUCCUAGACGUCUUUUCACACCGUUGUAUGCCCUACAUCUGGGCUUUGGUUGGCGGCAGAGACGAGGCCGGCAUGUUGGGACGACUAGUCGCAUGGGCCAUUGGAGUCGUGGCGCUGGGAGUCCCGGUCGUCUGGGGCAGCGACGUGUUUUGGCGGACAAUUGAUGUCAAGAGUGUGGAGUUGGCACGUUGGAUCGAGGGUCGCUGCGCACGAGAUGAGUAG